AUGAGUUCUGAUCCAUCCCGGCAAAACUGGAUUCUUCCAAGCUCAUUGCAGAGCCACAUGAAGAGAAAACCUUUUUCUCGGAAACUAAGGACACACUUCAAAGCCAAAGAGUUUUCCAAUCCUUAUAACAAGCUUGAAGUUCUACUUGUCAUGACUGAAAAAAGGCUAAAAAGAUUAAAGGAAGAAACCAUCCAAGAAGAAAGAAUGCAACAACAACAACAACAACAACAACAACAACAGGAAGUAGUUAUUCAACCUGUUGAAAAUGAAGUUAGAGAACUUCAACAAGAUAGAGUUGAAAAUAUUAAUGAAGUGGUUGAACACCAACAUGAAGAACAUCCACCACCAGAGUGGAUAGUAAAUGUUAUAAAGAAUAUUGGUGGAGAGAAUUUGAAGCUUUUGUUUAAGAAAGAACUGACAAGAAGUGAUGUAGAAAGUCAGCAAAAUAGAUUACUGCCUUCAAAAGCAGAUAUGAAUUAUGAAGUGAUACCUUAUUUGACAGAACAAGAGAGAGUAAAUUUGGGAAAUGAAGUUGUAAUGAGAGUGAGAGUGAUUGAUAGUUCUGGGAGAGAUUAUGAGAUGAGAAUGAGGUAUUAUAAAUCACUGACAGGGCAUAGGAUUAUUGGUAGUGAUUGGAGAAACUUUUUGGUGAAUAAUGAGUUGAAGGCUGGACAACAUGUGGUUUGUGUUUGGGGGUUUAGAGUUCAUGGUGAGCUUUGUUUUGCUAUGGAUCAUGCUGUCAUUUCUGGCUGCAUGGAUUACAGGUUGUGA